UCUGGAGGGAGUCAAAGGGUUCGGCGCAAUAGAGGGUCGGGUACGCGCAGCCGGCACGCGAUCGAAAGUCUCCCAGCGCGCAGCGGGAGGUGCUGAGGUGCAGGGGCUGCUAUAGGAGCCGCUGCUCGCACACGCCACAGCGCCCGCCGCCGUCAGCGGCUCCCGCAACCCCUGGUUCUCCACGCACUGAGGGGGUCCUACGCCCCUCGCCUGCUCCAGAGGUGCGCGCGAUGGCUCCACGUAAGAAUGCUAAGGGCGGUGGCGGCGGCAACAGCAGCAGCAACAACAGCAGCAGCAGCAGCAGCAGCAAUAGUGGCUCGAGCAGUAGCAGCGGUGGCAGCAGCAGCCCUGGGGCCCGGAGAGACACAAAGCAUGGCGGACACAGGAAUGGGAAGAAAGGAGUACUUUCUGGAAGUUCAUUUUUCACGUGGUUCAUGGUCAUCGCGCUGCUGGGAGUCUGGACAUCAGUAGCUGUCGUCUGGUUUGAUCUUGUUGAUUAUGAGGAAGUUCUAGGAAAACUAGGAGUCUAUGAUGCCGAUGGUGAUGGAGAUUUUGAUGUGGAUGAUGCCAAAGUUUUAUUAGGCCUUAAGGAGAGAUCUCCUUCAAAGCCAACAGUGGGAGCAGAAGAGGCUGAGAUGCACGCCCGGCUGCAGGCCCAGGCUCCCGAGGAGUCAGGACCUCAGCAUAUCGAAGAUGAAAUACAAGAUGAAAUUCAUUCCCCUCUCCAUGAAACAGUAUACACAGAACAUGGAGAAGACUUACAACAAGAGGAGGAUGGACUGACAAGAGAACAGCAAGCAGAAGAUGAGGAUUCCCUUGUAGGAAGUGACACGGACGGCAGAUUUGAAUCCCUGGAAACUGGAAUGCUUCAGGAAGAAACUAAAGAUAGUUACCAUGUAGAAGAGACAGCUUCACAGGCCUAUAAUCAGGAUAUAGAAGAUAUGAUGUAUAAACAGGAAAAUUCAGAUUCCACUGAACCAGCAAUAGAGGAUGAUGAGAGAACAUACCAUGAUGCAGACGAUGUAACAUAUGAAGACCAUGAUCAACAAGAUAAUGCUGUAGAAGAUUCAAACAUAAUUUUAGAAGAAGCGCAUGCGUCCCCAGCAGAGGAACAGCAGGAAAUACCACCAGAAACAAAUAGGAAAACAGAUGAUCCAGAACAAAAAGAAAAAGUUAAGAAAAAGAAGCCUAAACUAUUAAAUAAAUUUGAUAAGACUAUUAAAGCUGAACUUGAUGCUGCAGAAAAACUCCGUAAAAGGGGAAAAAUUGAGGAAGCAAAGACUGCAUUUGAAGAGCUAAUUCGCAAAUACCCUCAGAGUCCACGGGCGAGAUACGGAAAGGCACAGUGUGAAGACGAUUUGGCCGAGAAGAGAAGGAGCAAUGACAUGCUUCGCAGGGCCAUCGAGACCUACCAAGAGGUGGCCAGCCUGCCUGACGUUCCUGCGGACCUGCUGAGGCUGAGCUUGAAGCGGCGCUCAGACAGGCAACAGUUUCUAGGUCACAUGAGAGGUUCUAUUGUUACACUGCAGAAAUUAGUUCAAUUAUUUCCUGAUGAUACUUCCUUAAAGAAUGACCUCGGAGUGGGGUAUCUCUUGAUAGGAGAUAAUGAUAAUGCCAAGAAGGUAUAUGAAAAGGUUCUGAAUAUGACACCUAAUGAUGGCUUUGCUAAAGUGCAUUAUGGCUUCAUCCUGAAGGCACAGAACAAGAUUGCAGAGAGCAUUCCCUAUUUAAAGGAAGGAAUAGAAUCUGGGGAUCCUGGCACUGAUGAUGGGCGAUUCUAUUUUCACCUGGGGGAUGCCUUGCAGAGGGUCGGGAGCAAGGAGGCGUACAAGUGGUACGAGCUUGGGCACCAGCGGGGACACUUUGCGUCUGUUUGGCAGCGCUCCCUCUACAAUGUGAAGGGACUGAAAGCCCAGCCCUGGUGGACUCCGAGAGAGACGGGCUACACGGAGUUAGUGAAGUCCUUAGAAAGAAACUGGAAGUUGAUCCGUGAUGAAGGCGUUGCCGUGAUGGAUAAAACCAAAGGCCUCUUCCUGCCUGAAGAUGAAAACCUGAGGGAGAAGGGAGACUGGAGCCAGUUCACCCUGUGGCAGCAAGGGAGAAAAAAUGAGAAUGCCUGUAAAGGAGCUCCUAAAACCUGUUCUUUACUAGAUAAAUUCCCUGAGACAACAGGAUGCAGAAGAGGACAGAUCAAAUAUUCCAUCAUGCAUCCAGGAACUCACGUGUGGCCGCACACGGGGCCCACGAACUGCAGGCUCCGAAUGCACCUGGGCUUGGUGAUUCCCAAGGAAGGCUGCAAGAUCCGGUGUGCCAACGAGACCAAGACGUGGGAAGAAGGCAAGGUGCUCAUCUUCGACGACUCCUUCGAGCACGAGGUGUGGCAGGACGCCACGUCUUUCCGGCUGAUAUUCAUCGUGGAUGUGUGGCACCCAGAGCUGACACCCCAACAGAGACGCACCCUUCCUGCAAUUUAGCAUGUUGUGUGGGCUUGGGACACUCUGGAGAGAGACUGCCUCUCUAGCUGUAUCUCCUUGGGUGUGGGGAUAGAAGUUCACUCAGCAAUGCCUUUCAUGUCCUUGAUUGGCAGCCUGAAAAUCUCUGAACCGCCUCCUAGGGUUAGAAGACACUAAAGGGAAUAUUUGCCUUGCUGCAAUUUACAUAAGAAAUGCCCGGAUGUAUUUCAUCCCAUGAGAGCAUCGUUCUGAUGUCUAUAUUUCAGGUAAAUACAUGAUAGCUUCUACCUUGCCAGCCAAAGAUGUUUUUUUCCAUUUAGAAUGGGCGAAAUCAGUGUACAGUGAGAAUACAUGUAGCAACUGUGAACGGAUUGCUUUAGCUUGUAAUUUUUCUAUGCAGUUAUAUUUUUCUAGGGUAGCUAAGUGAUUUUUUGUCAUCACAUACCACUACUUUUUUGUUGAUUUUAAUAACAAGCUGUGUAAAAUGCUUUACUUCUAGCUGUUUAUAGUGGUAACUUUCCUGGUGAACUCAGACUUCCCUUUUUUAAUUAUUUUUAGACAAAGACACUCAUGAAAUCAGCAGUUUGACUUUCCCAAUACAAAUGAAAAACCUGUAAUUAUGCCAAUGUCUGUGAACUGUACAGCUCCCCACCCACUGAGUCUAUUUGCUUUUUUAUCUUCAUUGAGAGCUAGUGUCCUCGUUUCUCUCGUCCCCAUGAGAAAGGUGCAGACACCGCCCAAGUGGCAUUUCUUGCUAAGAGGAAGCCUUUACACUGAAAGGGGACAUGGGAUCGUUUUAUACUGAGUCAUAAAAAUGCCACAUGUAAAUGUUUUUAAUGCCAAGUGUUAGGGCUGAACAAAAAAAGUAAAGUUUUUCCAAGUAAAAAAUUUUCUCUCAGGAUCAGGUGGAGCUGUGGCUGCCAGGGCACUGGCUGCGGGCCUGGUUGCAGUCCAGGGGACGGGGCUGGACCCCGGGUGUCUUUGCCUGUGGUAGGUCCAUGUGAGUGACAGAGUCUGUGAUGGAUUCCCAUCACAAGUUUUCAAAAAUAUGAAGGAAGGCAGAAUGGAAGACUGAGAAGGCCAGGAUCUUUGUCCUGAGUGUAGGGUGUCAAGAUUGCCCUCCUCUCUGAAAGAGCUUAGGAGUCUUCCAGCUCUUUUGCUUGAAAAACUUCUGCCAUUUAAACAUCACUUUGAAAAAGCAAUUAUUAUCCACAACUUAGCUUUAAUAUUACCCACAGCAUCGAAACAGCUGUUGAAAAUGGUCUUGCCUACUCAUUCCAAAGAUGACCAAGUCAUUAAUUUGGUACAUUAUUAAUGCAUUAAAUUUUGUUUUUAAAAUUAAAGCUAACUAAGAAUGUUAGCUAUAGGAAUGUAAUAAUAUCAGUGCACUGAACUUAAGCUAAUAUGAACAAAAGCGCUGGAAAAAUGAUACAUAGGUUACCAAGAAUUUAUAGGUUAAAAAAAAAUACUCGUGAUUUUUUUUCCAUCCAAUGACGAAAGAGGAUGCUUUCUUAUCUCAUUUAAAAAACAGUCCUUUAAAAUUGAAAUGGACUUUUCCGCUCGUUCUUAAAGCCCAUUAGCUUCUAGGAGAAGUUUGCAAACUAUUUUUUGUGUUCCCUUCUGUGUUGCCAGUAUUCAAAAAACUCACUCAAAUAGAUGAAGAAGUAUGUGAGGAAAAUAGCAAAAUUAAUUCCCAAAGUCCAGAAGAAAAGGCACACUCCUGAAAAAUAAACAGGUAUUUUUGUCCUUCAGUAUUUAUUGAACAGAGGAAAUGACUGACAAAGGACAAUACAAUCAGUGCUCGUGUGGUAACAUUCAUGUCACUUACACAGUUUGGUUCUUGUAUGUAUAUUGCAUACACAAAGAAAUUCAAAGAAUAAGUUGUCAAUGUUGGAUCAUCAUCUUACAGUCAUGUAAUGAAAUCAUGGAAUGGAGUAAAAACAAGCUCUUUCACUUAGUAAUUAUAAUAUGGUAUUUAAAAUCAGGUCACUACAGGAUCCUAAAUAUUGCCAAUUGAAAAGCCAGAAUUGUCAUUACUGUUGCAAAGAGUUGGCAAUAAUUGCAUUUUAGGCAUUUGGAUUCCACAACUACCUUAUAAACCAAGUAAUAAAAUGGAUUUUCUAAUUCACUUUAA